CGUAAAAAGAUUAGGACCAUGAUUUUGUAAUAGCGCCAUUGAACAACCUCUUCUAACGUGAAAAGAUUGUUCGACCAAAAAAAAGAUUGUUAUAGUUUGGAUCUCUCUGGUUUCUUUCUUUACAGAGUCCAUAUUUUACUCAAUGAUAUAAAUAAAGUAUUUUAACUUUUAAGAUUGGAGUCUUAAGUUCUUAAUAUUUUAAUAAUUAGCUAAAUCUCAAAACAAGACCUACCAUGUGCUAAAACGACAAAAACAAAGUUGCCAAUAGGUUUAAGCAAAUAUAAACGGUAAAGCUUUUUCUUGGAAGUAAUGUUAAUUUCUUCCUUCCUUCCUUCUAUUAAACGUUUCAUUAGCAAGUGGAAAGACUACUGCAUUAAGAAAAGGUAGUUGGCCACAUGAGGAACAUUUAAAAUGGCAUCUUUUUGAAGACUGUGGAAUAUUUCAUUAUAAGCGGGAUUUAAUUAAUUAUUUGGAUCACUUAUUUAGAGUUGUUCUCUUUAAGGGGGAUGAGUAACAGAGAUAGAAGCAAUGGAGAAAAAGGAAACGAUGAGAAGGAUAGUGUUAGUCCCAGUUCCAGCACAAGGGCAUGUAACUCCAAUGAUGCAACUCGGAAGAGCUCUUAACUUGAAGGGCUUUUCAAUUACAGUUGUUCAAGUACAAUUUGAUCUAGUAAGCUCUUCUUCACAACAGUUCCCUGGUUUUCAAUUUGUCACAUUACCAAAAAGCUUGCCAAAGUAUGAAGUCGAGGGACUAGGACAAAUUGAGUUUAUGAUGAUGCUCAACAAAACGAGUGAGGCAAGCUUUAAGGACUGUAUAGGUCAGUUGUUGCUGCAACAUGGCAAUGAUAUUGACUGUAUCAUCUACGACGAGUUCAUGUACUUUUGUGGGUAUGUAGCUCAAGAGUGCAAGCUUCCCAGUGUUAUAUUCAGCACUCAAAGUGCUACAAAUCAUGUCUCACGCUGUGUUUUUAGCAAACUCGAUUUAGACAAGUUUUUGAUCGACAUGAAAGAUCAAGAAAAGCAAGAAAAGGUGGUGGAGAAUUUGUAUCCGUUAAGAUACAAAGACCUACUACCUUCAGGGUUUGGGCCAGUGGAGCCAGUUUUGAAGAUCCGUGGGGAAGUAGUCAACAAAAGAACAGCUUCGGCUGUUAUCUUCAAUACGACAAGUUGUCUAGAGAGCUUAUCCGUGUCAUGGCUGAAACAAGAACUUGGAAUUGAAGUGUACGCAUUAGGACCUCUUCACGUUACACCUUCACCACCUUCUAGUUUACGGGAAGAGGACAAGGGCUGCAUUGAAUGGUUAAACAAGCAGAAAUCGAGGUCAGUCAUAUACAUAAGCGUGGGAACCGUAGCUCAAAUGGAAACUAAGGAAGUUUUGGAGAUGGCUUGGGGGCUUUGUAAUAGCAACCAACCUUUUCUAUGGGUCAUUCGACCAGGCUCUAUCCUUGGCUCGCGCGGUGUAGAGGCAUUGCCAAACGAAGUCAGUAAAAUUAUCUCAGAGAGAGGAUACAUUGUUGAACGUGCACCGCAGAUAGAAGUUUUAAGACAUCCUGCAGUGGGAGGGUUUUGGAGCCACUGUGGAUGGAACUCAACACUCGAGAGCAUUGUGGAAGGAGUUCCAUUGAUUUGUAGGCCUUUUCAAAGCGAGCAGAAUGUAAACGCAGCAUACAUAGUAAGUGUUUGGGAAGCAGGUAUUCAGCUGGAAGGUGAAGUAGAAAGAGGAAAGGUAGAGAGAGCUGUGAAGAGGUUGAUUGUGGAUGAAGAAGGUGCAGGGAUGAGGGAGAGAGCACUUGUUUUAAAAGAAAAGCUCAAAGCCUCUCUGAGAAGUGGAGGUUCCUCAUACAAUGCUUUGGAUGAGUUCGUCAAUUACUUGAAGACAAAGUAGAGAUGAUGAACUUGAUCUAUUACUAAAGACCAGUGAGUAUAUUGAAUUAUAUAUUUGGAUCAACCUUGAUAUUGUAAAAUUCACGGAGCACAGUUUUAUUUUAUUUUUGAAAUAAAAUCCAAUCGAAACACGCUUAUCAUCUAUAUGUUUUUAGUUUCCACAUAAAAUUUUGUGAGUUUCUAAAAGUAUAUGGAUGCAAUCUAUACAAAAAAAAAUUGUACAUUAAGUGUGACUCUGUUUUUGGCUUUUUAGAAAUAUUAAUUACCCUAUAGAUAUUUGAUUAUAUUGAACAAGGUUGGUGAGUUGACUUGGAGGCUCGCUAUGCUUAGUCAUGUUUCUUUCCAGGCAAAUAAAGUGGAUUGCAGCUUGAAAUAAGGUCGGUGUGAUUGAUGGGCCAACUUUUGGCCAGAUUGACGUGGAUCGGGUUGGUCAGCGUUGAUCGAGUUCUAAUACCAUGUUAAGCUAGAUGAAUUUUUAACAUAAAACUAAUUGACAAUAAGUUGAGUGACUCAUCUAUCUUAUAUAUUAUUAAGGAUAUCUUCCAACAUCCGACGUGAGAAUAUAAAAACACUUGAAAAACAAGCCAUCCGACGUGAGACAUUUUGUGUCUAAUAUAAAAUCACUCGAAAAACAAGCCGUGAGAGAUUUACUUCCAUUGUUAAAAAAAAGAUUACUUCCAUUGUUCAAAGUCCUUUUAAUCAUGUUUUUAAAAGAACAGCUGUUCAUCAGAAAAGUAAACAGCUUUUUGUUUUUCAAAGUAAACAGCUAUUCCCGGACCAAAAUGAUUCUUUUGUUUAACAAAGACUGUCUAAUUAUAAAAUUUGAUGGUCUUAAACACAGCCUGAAAAACAGAAAAGAUGUAACUUGAAUAUAUUUUAUCACUUGAACAAGUUUGGUAAUUAGCAAGUUGAUGAGUUUCAACUUUCAACUAAGCUUUUGUUAUUUGAUCUUACAUUUCUUUAUUGAUUUGUUUUUAUUUCUUGCUUUUUAUAUGCUUGUGUAAAUUGGUAAUUUCAUUAAUCAAUCAUUUUGUUUUUGCUAAUUGAAUUCUUAGGAUCUUUCCCCUCUUGCUUAGUGUAAAAUUCUUUAUUGGGUUAGGCAGGAUGGGGACCAGUUCUGAACCAGCAUCAACAAUUCAACAUGAUCAUGUAUUUAUUGAAGAUCAGUUAAUUUAUUGAUGAUUAGAGUUCUUAUAAUAAAUUCGAUCCAGCAAACUUUUGCUCUUUCGGGUCAAACAUCAGAGUCGGGCAUAAAAACCAAUUGGAUACCCUCCAAAAAUAUGAGUAUUAUGGAUAUAUUUUUUAUAUUACAGGUACUAUAUCGUUUUAUCAGACAUAUUUUGAAAUUUCUAUAUAUUAUUGACAUUUCAGAUCUUUUUAAUUUUACAGGAGAUUUGGAUAUC